CCUAACAACUAUCGUUUUCUCUUUGGUCUUGAUUCUCUCGUUGUGCUUACUUACUGUUAAAAAUUGAAAGAAGAAGAUUUCAUCAUUUCGCGCCAAAAUUACCAAAACUAAGAAGGUUGUUGUGUGGUUGUUUUUCUUUUUCGAUUUUAGGAAAAGUGAAAUAAUGGAGAGUCAAGAUAUUGAUCAACGUCUUAGGGAUUUACAUAGAGAAUACCUUGAUUUUCUUGACGAUGAGGAAGACCAAGGAAAAUAUACACAAAUGGUUAAAAACAUGAUAGCAGAUAAAAGUCAUCGGCUAGUGGUCAACAUUAAUGAUUUGCGCAGAAAAAAUCCGGCCAGGACUCAGUCCCUUCUUAAAAAUGCCUUCGAAGAACAAGUGGCAUUUCAGAAAGCUCUCAAAGAUUUUGUAAUGACUGUACAAACGGACUAUUCGAAAUCUGAUGUGGAUUUUUUUGUUGCAUUUGAAGGCAGUUUUGGAAAGAAUCAUGUAACACCCCGUUCUUUGAACUGUGCUUACCUGGGAAACUUAGUUUGUGUAGAGGGCAUAGUUACAAAAUGCUCAUUGAUUCACCCAAAAGUAGUUCGUAGCGUUCAUUAUUGCCCAGCCAAUGGUAAAAUAAUGGAAAGAAAGUAUACUGACCUGACUUCCUUGGAAGCUGUACCUUCCGUUGCUGUUUAUCCUACAAAAGAUGAUGAAGGAAAUCCUCUCGAAACAGAGUUUGGUUUAUCAACUUACAAGGAUCAUCAAACCAUUUCGAUACAAGAAAUGCCCGAGAAAGCUCCUGCAGGUCAGCUUCCCCGUUCUAUUGAUAUUAUAUGUGAUAACGAUCUGGUAGAUUGCUGCAAACCCGGCGAUCGUAUACAGGUUGUUGGUAAUUUUAGAUCGCUGCCCAAUAAACAAGGAAAUUAUACAAAUGGUACAUUCAAAACCAUAGUGAUUGCAAACAACGUUUCUCAACUCAGUAAAGAAGCCAGUCCUUCAAUUUCCAGAGAAGAUGUUGCUCGUUGCAAGAGUCUUGCAAAAUCCAGUAAAAACAUUUUUGAGUUAUUAUCAAAAUCCCUGGCACCCUCGAUACACGGCCAUGAGUACAUAAAGAAAGCUAUUCUCUGUCUUCUUCUUGGUGGUGUGGAAAAAGUACUUCCGAAUGGAACUAGACUUCGAGGAGAUAUCAAUGUUCUUCUGAUCGGAGAUCCCAGUGUUGCCAAGUCACAACUUCUUCGAUAUGUCUUAUGUACUGCUCCGCGGGCAAUACCUACUACCGGGAGGGGUUCUUCUGGUGUCGGUUUGACAGCAGCUGUGACUACGGAUCAGGAAACAGGCGAAAGGCAGUUGGAGGCCGGUGCCAUGGUUCUAGCUGAUAGAGGGGUAGUUUGUAUUGAUGAAUUCGACAAGAUGAGCGACAUCGAUAGGACUGCCAUACACGAAGUUAUGGAACAAGGAAGAGUAACCAUUGCCAAGGCUGGUAUACAUGCCAGUUUGAAUGCUAGGUGUUCAGUUUUAGCAGCAGCAAAUCCUGUUUACGGAAAGUAUAAUCAAUAUAAAACUCCAAUGGAAAAUAUUGGCCUUCAAGACUCUCUACUUUCUCGUUUCGACUGUCUUUUUGUGAUGCUGGAUUCAGUCGAUGAAGACAAUGAUCUGAAAAUUUCUGAUCAUGUUGUGAGGAUGCAUAGAUACAGAAACCCUCUAGAACAAGAUGGUGCGGUACUGCCUAUGGGUUCUAGUAUCGAUAAGUGGAGUACCUUGAAUCCAGAGGAUAUGGACGGAGACAAGGAAACGCCUGUUUAUGAAAAAUAUGAUGCGUUACUUCAUGGUAACACCCGUAGACGAACAGAUAAAAUCUUGAGCGUAGAAUUUAUGAGAAAGUACAUACAUUUUGUCAAGAUAUUGAAGCCUGUCCUCACAGAAGCAGCCUCCGAGAUUAUUGCCGAUGAAUAUUCCAGAUUGAGGUCCCAAGAGAUGUUGGACAAUGACAUAGCCAGGACACAACCUGUUACUCCUCGUACACUAGAAACAAUGAUACGUCUCUCCACUGCUCAUGCCAAAGCUAGAAUGUCUAGAACAGUCACAGAAGAAGAUGCUCACGCUGCCAUAGAAUUGAUUCGGUAUGCCUACUUCAAAAAAAUACUUGAAAAAGAGAAGAAACGAAAGAAGAGGGAGGAAGAGCAUUCGGAUGAUGAAGAAGAACAAAGACCAAAGAGAACAAGAGUGAGAUCAGAAGUAGGUGACUCGGAAGAAGAAGUAAUCCUUACUCAAAGUUCAGUCCAAAGUGGAUCGACUGUCCCAAGAAUCGAUGAAGAAAUACCAACAGAACAACCCGCCACUAAUGGGCUUGACAGUAAUAUUAAUGGACAUUCUCAGGAGGAAAGUGAAAGCAUGGAAGUCGAUGAUAGUCCAAAUGAGAUUUCAGAGGAAAGGUUAUUAUCAUUCAAAACAAGUUUGCAACGUGCCUUCGUGGAAAAUAGAUCAGAGUCCCUCAGUCUGAGUAGAAUUAGGGAGUCUGUCAAUAUGGAUAGUAGGUCACCUUUUACUCAGGGAGAAAUGAAUGCCGCUAUCCAAAGAAUGACUGACGACAAUCAAGUUAUGUUAGUGGAUGGAGUAGUCUUUCGUAUUUAAAAAGUGUUUUGAGUUGAUUUAUUGUAAUAUUGGAAUUAUAGUACUAGGAAUGAAGGACAAAGUAAUUCACUUAUUUAUUUUGAGAAUAGUUUUCAAUUUCUUUUCGUUGGUGAGAAUACUGUACAAUGUAAUUCCAAAACGCCAAUUUUUUUCCUUUGAUAUGUUGUAAGUAAAAUUUUCUGGCUUGUCUACUAUUGUAGGAGAUUAAAUAUUCCUGAAGAAUCUGUUUCUGAUAUUAGUUAGGUUUUGUAUCUAUUUUGUUUAUAAUAUAGACUCGAAAUACAUUUUACUUCUAAA